AGACUUUUUUUAUCCAAGAAGUUAAGUCAAAUUCCAUAGUGAAAAAUAAUCAUGGGCGUGGAUGUCGAGAUUCUUAUUCACGGUGAUGGCCAAACUUAUCCCAAAACAGGACAAACCGUAGUUGUUCACUAUACAGGUACCUUGAGCAAUGGAAAGGUAUUUGACUCUAGCAGGGACCGUGGAAAACCAUUUAAAUUUAGAAUUGGUAAAGGAGAGGUAAUUAAAGGUUGGGAUCAAGGUGUGGCACAAAUGUGUGUUGGAGAACGUGCAAGGCUAACAUGUUCACCAGACUUCGCUUAUGGUAGUCGAGGACACCCUGGAGUUAUUCCACCAAAUUCCGUUCUCAUCUUCGACGUAGAGCUGCUGAAGGUGGAACCUUAGGAUACUCUAUGGAGUCUAUUUGUACCGACCAAACACCUAAAUAUCUGAAAAUUAAACAAACGCUAAACGCUUUAAAAUUAAUUACGUUAAGUAGUCAUUGUACAGACGGCACUUUGUACACAAUAAUUCAAUCGCUCAUAUUUUUACAACAACAACAACAACAAAAAAAACAAAAGAAAGAAAGACAUAUAAUUACUUCUUUUUCUUCCUCUCUUUCUAAUCACAGUUUACAUUAAAAAGUAUUAACGGAAGGAAAAUACAAUAAAGGAAUUAAUAGAGACUAAAAAGUUAUACUUGCACUAUGAAUUAUAUAUAUAUAAUGAUAAUAAUAAAUAUAUUUGAAAAUAUUCUAUGUAAAGAGAUAAUUGUUACUUUAUCUUUUAAUCUUGUAAUUAAUUUGUCAUCACUUAACUUGUGUAGUAUCCUUCAAGAUGUUCCUGCAAUGAGCGGUUGAAUAAUUAAAUUUGAAAACAUUUGAAAAGUAAUCUACAACCUGUGUUCAUUCCACUUACUUAGCAUUUGGUAAAUAAUCAUCUGCAUAUUUUGUACAAAAAUUUUCAAAUAUCACACCAAGUGUAAUUGUACUAACGAUGUAAUAGUCCUAAAUAUUGACAUUUUAAAAUUCAAUAAAAAAAAAUUGAACUUA